AUGGAUGAAGAGCUCUCUGCGCAGUGGUUAGCGGAUGCCGGUCUCGAGGCAUCGGUAUAUUUACCGCUCUUCUCGCAGGGCGAUGGCGUACGACUUGCAGCGCUCAUCGAACUUUGGCGGGAAAACUGCCUCGAUGAAGCACUGCAAGCGCUUGGUGUAACGGCACUUGGAGCGCGCCGCUGCCUUACAUUAGCAGUCGAGCGCAGUGCACAACAGUAUACCAGCGGGGGUUUGGCAACCAGUCUCAGACCGGAGACGGUGAUAUCCAGGACUCUCGAAGAGCGAGCGGUGACCUCGAAGCCGGUUGCCGGCUCGAUCGACAUCAGCGAGAAGCAAGUUGCAAAAGCGCUAUCCGCGCGUCCCAAACCGCGACAAUUAGAUAACCAGAAGAACGCUGAUACCGUGGGUCAUAGUUUGACGAACGAUCCUGUGAGAGGCUCCGCCUUGCUCGAAACUGGAAGCCACGCUAUGGAGAGGCUCUCACGGACCAGUGCAGCGGCACCUGCUCCUGAACAGCGAACAGAGCGCGUUCCAAGACAGGCAAAGCCUAGCGUUGGACAGAAGCGUAAAAACUCGAGCGCCGGAAACGUGCGCCACGAAGCGUCCAGCGCUCGUCAACAGACGCUCUUCGAGUGGGGCAUUCAACGACGAGUCGCGGAACCUGUUGCCCGAACGCUCGUCAGUCGCCGUAUGGUGGCCUCGACCGUCGUUCCGAUCUCGGACACAUCCGGAGAAACGGGAGGACGACCUUUGGAAUCACUGGCACUGCGGCUCGCUGACGGCAGCCAUGCAGAUGAAGCUCACCUUGAGUCUGGCAAGACAUUGAGACGGAGUGUGAAUAUAGAGACGGGCUCGGGAAAGACUCCAGACCCACGGCAGCUUUCAAACAUGCAUGGAACUCGAAGCCGCCAUCACCCAAGCAAGCAUGUCGCCGGCCUACCCGGAUGUGUGGUUGACUCGUUUCGGGUCCCGAUUCGGGCCAAUGACGGCUACUAUCAUUUCUUUCUCACGCACUAUCACGCUGAUCACUAUGGAGGCCUGCGUCGAACGCACUUUCGCCCUGGAUGUGAUCGACGGCUGUACGCGAGUCCGAUUACAGUGAGCAUUCUCCAAGUGGAGUACCAGUUCGAUGACGCAGUGCUGGUGCGCUUACCAGUUGGUGAUCCCGAUGGGAUUACCAUUGUCGAUCGUCCCGGUUCGCCUGGGGCGAAACCUGUUGCUCGCGUCUUGGCUUGUGACGCGAACCACUGUCCCGGUGCAGUUAUAUUGAUCUUUCAGGUAUUCGAAACCGGCCAAACUAUAAUUCACUGUGGUGAUAUGCGGUACAACCCGAUCUGUAUGAAUAGAGAUCCCGUUCUACGCAGAUUUGCGGCUACUGAAGGCGAUCACGUGCAACGAGUCGCAUACCUGCAUAUCGAUACAACGUACAGCGAUCCGCGGUAUGAUUUCCCGCCCCAGGAGGCGGUCUUGCGGGCACUCGUCGAAACAGCACAACGCGACGCAGCGCGGGCACCCAGUCUGUUUCUCUGUGGUACCUAUUUCAUCGGGAAAGAGCGCGUUUGGGCGUCGUUAGCAAAAGCCCUGGGUACCAAUGUCUACAUCGAUCCCUCCUGGAAACGCAAGCGUCGAGUCCUGCUCGACUGUGUGCGAUCAUUGCCAACGGAUAGUUGGCGCUUUAGUGACGUCCUUACAGAGCGGGUGGAGGCUUCGUGUGUUCAUCUUGUGCGGAUGGCGGACGUUCAACCGAUGCGUUUACUGCGGUUCAUGAGGCGAGCCCAGUCGCUCGGAUUUCGACAGGUGAUCGGCGUCAUGGCUACCGGGUGGUGUCAGGCAUCGAGGCCACCACGAGGUUGCCAGCGUCUCGAUGGCAGUCCCGCAGACAAGUGUUCCCUACUGGAGCGACUCGUGUUGCCAAGCAAUCACUCAUGUAUCCUGUACAAACUUCCCUACAGUGAACAUUCAUCGUAUUCGGAGUUGCGGGCCUUCAUUGAUUGGAUUCAACCGGAGCAAAUUGUUCCCACAGUGGCAACAACUGCAGCUCAUUUGCAGCGACUUUGGCCUCGAAGGCCGGCAAGCAGCCGUUGA